CAUCCUUGUGAACACAAUCAAACCCUAGCCGUGCCUUUCUCUCUCUGUUCCUCCUUCGUUCCAAGUAGCGUUGGCGGCCAUGGCAGGUGGGAACUUUCUCGGCCGAGUCAUUGGCUACUUCGUCAAUGAGAUCGUCGUCGAAGGCCUUGCAAACAACCCUGCAUUCCAAAGAUUUGCUGUGAGAACAUCAAAGGCGAUAGAGGAGGUAACAAACAAAGCUGCACAGGUUCGGGAAGAAAUUGUUGAGCAAAUGAAGGAUGCUUCGAAGAACGUUGAUUCCUUCAAAAAGCGGUAAAGCUACUUCGUUGUAUUGUUAAUCUUCUCUGAUCCAACCAUCUGGGGCGAGAGUCUUUGAGUGGAGCUGAAUCGAUGAGCUUUUCUUUGUAAAUUUUGAAAACUAAUUAGAUAUUCAUAGCACAUACGGAUGUCCAUAUAUUGCUUGACGGUAAGUGGGUGUUAAUAAGAAAUUUUGCUGAUACUAUUGGUUUGAUCUCUUCAA